ACAUAACCUAAAAUUAAGACCGUUAAUUUCAAGAAUUAUUUUUAACUAACUGAUUAAAUAAAUGAGUGCUUCAAAUGAAAAUGAAUUAUUAAAACUGUAUCAUCACCUGCAAGAAAAUAAAGAUCCUACAAAAAAUGAUGUGAUUUUGAAACAAUUAGCUUAUUUAAAUAAUGUUAUUUCAGUCAACAGUUUAAGUAAUAAUGCUGUUGGUGCUUUACUUGAACGGGAUUUAAAACUGUUAGAAAAUAGAGAUGACAACAACUUAAGAAAGAUGAAAGAAAUUUUGGAAAAUCAAAAUAUAACAAUUCCUGAAAGAAAAACUUCAUUAGGAAACGUUAAUAUGGAGUCUUUUUUGCCCAAGUUGCAAUGUUCAAACUCAAUAAUAUGUAUAGAGUCUGAGAAUCCUUCAGAAGAAAACUUUAACGCUUUCAUGUCUUUAUUUGACACUAAAAAAGUGAAUCAAGUUGAAGAAAAAGUUACUGCUAAUUUAAAUCAUCAUCUUACAACAUCAAAGGGGUUUAAGAAUAGAGAAGCUUUAGAAAGAACUGAUAAAAAUGUGAAAAAAGAUAAUUUAUUUUCAUUUAGAACAGCUGGGGAUGAAUUAAAUUUACAACAGAAACAGGGGAAUAAUAGCAAUAAUAUGAAUACCAAUGGAAACAAUGAUAUGAACACUAAUGGAAGCAAUAUAAAACAAAGAAAAAGAUUAGGAACUAGAAGAUUUGUUGGCAGUAAAUUUGUUUCUCCCAUGCUCUCAAAUAACGAAAACAAAUCAAAUAAUAGUGGCCAAGAAAAUAGUUCAAAAAGUCAAGAAUGGAUAAAAGAUGCUACAGAUGAUCGUUUAAAAAAUAUUGAACCUAGAAUGGUUGAAUUAAUUAAGUCCGAGAUAAUGGAUUGUGGACCACCGAUAGAAUGGUGUGAUAUCGCAGGGUUAGAAUUUGCCAAAACCGCUAUUCAAGAAGCUGUGGUUUGGCCUAUGUUAAGACCAGAUAUAUUUACUGGUCUUAGAAGACCACCAAAAGGAAUUUUAUUGUUUGGACCACCAGGAACAGGAAAAACUUUAAUUGGAAAAUGUGUAGCGUCUCAAAGUAAUUCGACAUUCUUUAGCAUCUCAGCAUCAUCUUUAACAUCAAAAUGGGUGGGAGAUGGAGAAAAAAUGGUUAGAGCUUUAUUUACUGUAGCUAGAUGUCAUCAACCAGCGGUGAUUUUUAUUGAUGAAAUCGAUUCUUUAUUAUCGCAAAGAAGCGAAACCGAACAUGAAAGUUCAAGAAGAAUUAAAACGGAAUUUUUGGUUCAAUUGGAUGGGGCAACUACGGAUAAUGAGGAAAGACUUUUAGUUAUUGGGGCUACUAAUCGUCCUCAAGAGUUAGAUGAAGCUGCCAGAAGGAGAUUUGUUAAAAGACUUUACAUUCCACUUCCAGAGUUAUCGGCGAGACUACAAUUAGUUAAGAAAUUGAUGUCGAAUGAACGUCAUAAGUUGUCGGAAGAAAAUUUUGAAGAAAUCUCUCGUUUAUCAGAUGGUUAUUCUGGUGCUGAUAUGAGAAAUCUCUGCGCUGAUGCUUCGAUGGGUCCAAUUAGAUCUAUCGAUGUUCAUUUAAUACAAAGUAUUCAAUCCACGGAGGUUCGAGCAAUUAAUAUAGACGAUUUUCGAAAAGCGUUAACCAGAGUUAAAUCAAGCGUUUCACCAAAUGAUUUAAAUCAGUAUGUGAUUUGGGAUAAUACAUAUGGAUCUGGAAAUUUAACUUAAGAUUGUUUUCAUAUUUAAUUUUUCUGUUAAUUGUUACGAUUUGUUUAAAGAUAAAUAAGUUAAGAAUACAAUGAUAAUAUUAAUAAAAAGUGCAUCUUUUUAAGUAAUUAGUUUUGUUUGAUUAAUUACUUUCUAAUUGUUCAUAAGCUUAUAAAAAUGUUAAAAAUCUUGUAAAAAGCAUGUUUUUGAACCAUCCACAUAUGACACUGAUAGGCUGACAACAUUUGUAAGGGUGCAUUUAUGUUGGAGCUGCAAUAAAUGAUAAGAUCGACGAUACUAGCGAAGCAAAG